AUGCGGAUCCGACAGGAAUCCAACUCCCCGAACCAAGAAGCAACAACGGUAGCAGAAACGAUUGUAGAGAACUGGAUCAGUCAAUUUGGUGUCCCUAUGGAGCUACACUCCGACCAGGGCAGGAACUUUGAGUCUAGGGUGUUCCAAGAAAUGUGCCGGGUGUUUGGCAUAGAUAAAACUCGCACUACCCCACUACGCCCGCAAUCGGAUGGAAUGGUGGAGCGAUUCAACCUUACUUUAGAACAAUACUUGGUCACAAAGGUCACCGAUGAUCGACAAGACAACUGGGACACACACAUUCCAAUGUUUCUGCUGUCAUACAGGAGUUCUAUCCAUUGCACUACUACAUAUAGCCCUGCAAAGAUGUUGUUUGGCCGAGAGCUUCGUUUACCAAGUGAUCUGCUAUUUGGACUUCCGAGAGAUACACCAGCCACUGCUACUGAGUACGUCACUGAUCUUAGACGGCGUCUUGAAGAAACCCAUUCCCUGGCUCGUAGGACGAUGAAGAAUAGCAGCGAUCUAAUGAAGACUAGAUAUGACAAACGUGCAAAUGCUUCGGGGUUUCAGGAAAAUGACCUAGUAUGGCUGUACACUCCUCGGAGAAGAAAAGGCAGAUCCCUAAAACUCCAGAGAGACUGGGAAGGUCCCUAUCGUAUCGUUUAA